AUGGAGGACAGAGAUUUAGAGGACUGGGAGCUGGUCGACAGCACUGAGGCGAGGGCCCAACAGGAGAAGGCCCGGAGCCUUCAUCACAAGAAGUGCGAGCAGGAGCAUCGUCAGGCCGCAGAGGCGCACCGAGCCCUCAUCAAUGCACAGCAGGCGGCAGAGCUGGGCAAGCUAAGAGCCAAUGAAACGUGCAUCGACGAUGUUCAUCGGGUCUGUUGCAUCCCAGGCACUGCCACAAGUAUUGUCGGAAUUCUUCUGGAGACACCUCUUGUUAUUCGCACCAAGACAGAACACCGCUUCGGAGACGGGCAGAAUAUUAUCAUUACUGGUCUCUCUUUGAAGGCUGGUGCCCCACAUUCUGCUGCUUCUUUCCUGUGUGAGCUCAGCCGAGACCACGUCGCACGCUACGUUGAUGAGUGCAGACUGUCGCUACCAGGAACUGCUAAAUGCCCGUGUGAACCAGAGGAAGUCGAGCAAUUUAUCUGCCUUGACAAUGCAGAGGUCAAGUUGUCCAUCUCUUCAUGGGGUAUGGGGCGCACGCCAAUCACCCACAGCGCUUUGCAGGCCAUUGCGCAAACCGCAAAGGCUUCGGGACUGGGCUGUGCAAUUGAAACUGCUCUGGCGACCGUGCGAACUGCCUGUGGCGGUCUCCAGCACUGUGCAGAGGCGUUGGCGGGACACCUCGAGCACAGGCAGCGGCUGACAGAUGGCUCAGAUGCUCUGAUACAGAUGUCCUCGGCCCUCAAGAAUGUCAGUGGAGCCCGGGUUCCUAUACUCGAGGUGAGCGCAAAACACCAGUGGGACAUUCUUCGCGAAGCUGUGCAGCCCGAUCACUGGAUUUCGUCUCGAACGUGCCAUGAAUGCAUGGAGUGCUUCAAGCCGCUUCGGAGCCUUCGUGUGGAGAGAGAAUCCCGAGAGGAUUCGGACGGUGCAGAUGGAACAGACUGGAGCUCAGCUCACCAUUGCCGGCAUUGUGGCCGCGUGGUCUGCCACAACUGCGCGGUGGUCCGUGAGUGUGUCCCCUGGCGUGGGGAGUUCCAGCCCGUGCUUGUGUGCAAGCCCUGCAAACCCGUGGUGCUCUUGAGAAACCUUUGCCUCCAACACCUGCAGAGCUUCAAUGCUCAGAUCGAGCUGGUGGCCGCGGGCCUCAGCCCACCUGUGGAGCCGACGAAAGGUCGGGGGAAAGGACCCCCCCCCAUCCCACCCCCGCCACCCAAGGGCAAGGGUCGAGGGACUGUCCAGAUCAAGACUGGAGACGCACCGCGCGGCCGCGGCUUGGGAGCUCUGGGCGAGGACAUCAAGGAUCAACUCAGUGAGCUGGCAGACUUCGUGGUGGUUCCUGCCGGUGUCUCUGCUAGGCCCAGGGCAGCCAUCAGCAAACCCAAGGAGGUUAUCAUCUUGACCAAGCACGAGAGCCUGAAGUGGCAUGUGGCAAGCAAAGGCUACCGUCCGCAUCUUGCAGAGAUUCUGCGGUGCCUGGGAAGUCUAGAACUCCAGGAUGGCUCCAGCGACGUCUGGUUUGAUGCCCUCGAGCAGAUCCUGCCCCUCGAAGAGAAGCUCUCGGAGGAAAGCCUCCAAAAGCUCCAGGCUGUGAAGCCUCAAGACGGGGAGAAGCUACGGGAGUACGAACAGCACAUACGCUUACUUCUCGCCGUGCCAGAGCUGCCAAUGCGUUGGCGUACUCUGCGACUUCUGCGUGACCUGCGAAGCGAACAGGAAGGCUUUAUCUCCAAGUGUGCUGCCAUUCAAGCAGCCUGUGCUGCCCCACUCGUCUGCAAUACAGACGGCAUGUGGGUUCUCCGGAGCGAGGUCAAGAACGUCAUCGCCGCGCUGCACCACGGCAUCCAGCCGAGCUGUGAACGGUUGCAGGAGCUCGUCUCGCGGACCCAGGUUGGCAGUGGCAAGCUGUUGCUGAAAAAGUUGUGGCAAGCAGGAGAGAAGCAUCAGUACAAGGACUUUGACACAAGAGGGUUUGUGCACAUCUUGGCGCCUGUGCUUCUGGAGGGAGACGCAGCAUGCGCGAUGCAAGAGCUGAUCCAGCGCUUCUUAGAUCUGCGCAAACGCCAUGGCGAGCUCUUGUCCAGCUGCCCGACGGAAGAACUGGCACAUCCGCAGAACUUGCGGGAGGCCUUGGAUAGCAUGAUGCUGACUUUCCGAGAGCUCGAAGCACAGAUGAUCCGGUGCUUGGAGCUUGGUGGUCGAUGUCUAGUCGCAUUGGGGCAGUGGUGCGAAGCCAAGCCCAUGAAGAGCUUGGCUGAGUCCGCGGUCCUUGCCCGGGCCAUGGAUCAGAACCUGCAGAGCCUGAAGAAUCUGACACGCGGCUUGCAGGAUGCUCAACCUGACGAUGUCAAGCAGACACCAGCCGCCAAAGCUCGCAGCAGAUCGAGUCUGAGUACAUGCAAGCUGCCCAAAGCCUUCAAGCGAAAAACUGCACCAGCCUCGAAGGGGACGCGCCCAACCAAACCAUCUUCGGACGAGGAACCGACACAGAGGGCGACGGGUGUGCAAUUCCAUGAUGCCCAGGACCAGGAGCGUUUCGGAUCCAGCUCGGAGGAGACUUGCGACAGUGACAAGGAACGGCCUCGACGUCGGCGAGAUCGUGACUUUCAGACUGAGCGGCUGGUAGGGUCCAUUAGUGGGCAUGGUGACUUCUCGGAUGCACAGGCGACGAGGUCCAAGGGCAGAAAGGACGACGAGAAGGAAGUGAAGCGCACACUUGGUUUUGUAGUUCUUCGAGGUGAGACAAUUGUGUCGCUGAUGGCAGAGGCACCACCUCCUUCGGGCCCCAAGAAGCCGGACAUCCAGCCAGGACCUGGCCGUGGGCAGGUAGCCGGGCGCGGAAUGCCGGCUGCGCCGCUCAGCUCAGCUCCAGCUGGCCUUGCGGGACCAGUUCGUGGCGUGGGUGGACCUGCGGCGAUCCAGAUGCAGCCGAAAGCCGGAGCAGCUUUGCCAGCUCCCGGUGGAGCCCCGCCGGGAAUGCCUCCAGGCUUCCCAGCCAGGCCGCCUGGAAUGCCGGGAAUGGUCCCGCCGGGAAUGCCGGGCAUGCCUCCCGGUAUGCCGCCUCCUGGUAUGCCAGGCAUGGGUCGCGGCAUGCCACCCAUGGGCCGGGGAGCGUGCCUGGAACGUCUUGACCAGAUCAAGCCACUGCUGCUCCCGCUUUGUCCAGAUCUUCUUGUGCCGCGGGGGCAGUGCCCUGUAGUUUCGAUCAGCAUGGACUUGAGGCCACCGCCUCCACCUAUGGGAAUGAGCUUAGCCCAGCAAGCGCAGCAGCUCCAGAGCGCCAAGUUCAUGCCGGCCCCGAAGCUGCCUAUUAACAUGGGUGGCUCGCCGCAAAUGGGAGGCAUGGGGCAGCAGCAGCCUUGGCAGGGCGGAAUGCCAGGUGGACUCGGUGUCGGAGGAAUGCAAACGCAGCCAAUGUCCAACGGUUUGCAGCAAUCCAACAUGGGAAUGAAAGGUGGAAUGCGGCCGAACUGGGGCAGUAUGCCACCGCAGCAGCAGUUUGGUCCGGGCAUGCAGCAGAACUUUUCUCAGCCGCAGAUGUUCCCACCGCAGCAGCCAGUUGGCAUGAGAGGCCCCUCAGCGGGCUCGCCAGGUGGACUGCAGCGACAGAACAGCUACGGAAAUCAGGGCGGACAAGGUGUGGGCCCGGGCAGUGGUCUUUCGAGCCCAGGUAUCAGUCAGCCGCAGGUUGUUCCGCCUCCCCCUGCUGGUGGACCUCCACCUGGUAUGCAGUAUGGACAAUUUGGCCUGCCCAGUUCAGCCCCAAGCAAGUCGGGAGCACCCCCUCCACCACCGCCUCAUCCGAACUGGAAGCCUGGUCAACCUCCACCGCCUCCUGGCCCCGGUCCACCAGAGCGAAAACCCGGAGGUACGCUCGAGGCGGCCAUGGCCGCAGCGGCAGCACUCGGUGCGGCUGCACCUGGCAUGAUGGAGGCGACUUCUGCAAUUGACUUCACUGCCAAGUUGGAGGACUUGAGAAGAAAACAUCCGCAGGUAAAGGUGCCAUCGGAUGCAUUUACCUGGAAGCCGGAAGAGUUAGAGGCCUGGUUUGCAAGCGGCGGUACCUCCAAGACUGCACCGGCACCAGCGCCCGCGGCCCCGGCGCCACCUGCAGAAGCACAGACGCCGAAAAAGCGUUCGCAUAGUAAGGCCUUUGGCUACGAGGUUGAGGAGGCACUUCAGUUACAGCAGCAGCUGCUCACCGGUUUUUCGGACCCCGAGUUCCAGGAGAACCUGAAGAAGCUGCAAGCCCAGUACCCGGAGCGCAAGACCAAGGGCCACUACGACAGCAUGUCCUAUUUCGAGGCCUUCAAUGCGCUGGCACAUAGUGUCUAUGCGAAGGUUCUCCCAGAUUGGAAGCUGGCACCAACCUGGGAUGGCGUUAGGGAGAUGAUCAACAAGAUGUCGGAUGCGCUACUACAUCCCAAGGUCAAAAAAGUGCAGGAAGAGAUCAGCAUGAUGAUGGGGCUGCCAAGAAACGCACAGUUCGUGCCGCCCUCCAAGGGAUCCGAGCUGUUCCUCUACAGGCCCGAUGGCGAUGCGCCAGGUGCAAGAUCUUCGUUACCUUUGUUUCAGGAUGAAGAUGGCGACGAAGCACACGAGUUCCUGAUUGAAGAUCAGGAAACCGGCGAGCUCAAGGUCCAAACUUCCAGUCUGAAGCAGGAGAUGUGGUACGUUGUUGUCCACAAGCCGGCAGUCAUGAUUCGAGAACAGCCUGAUGAGAAGGCCAAGAUGGUUGGCCGCAAGAAGGCUGGCAAAAGGCUGAAGGUUCAGCACGUGAAGGAUGGUAAGUGGCUGCAGCUGGACAAUUCCGAGCUGGUGAAGCUUGGCGUCCAGGAGGCAUGGGUCUUGAUGGAUCCAGUCGAAGCAGGACUGCCUCCCGGUCAACCUUUGUUCGCUUUGCCAGUAGCACGAGGCGAAGAGGACAGGGAUGGAUGCAAUUCGCAACGCAGAAACGCUGCACUUCAGUUGCAACAGGCGAUCGAUGUGAACGUCUUGCGGGCAGCGGGUGAGAUGAACAGAAGCUUGCUUUUCUCGCAGCUGGCCAGUGAGAUCAAGAAAGCUGCCGUGCAAGAGCUGGUACUGAAGAACAUGUCAG